AUGACAAUCACUCUCAAUUGGGCUAUAUUAGGAGCUGGAAAUAUCUCCUCGCAAUUUGUCUUUGAUUUAUUACUCAACAAUGAUCGAAAGACUGAAUAUCGUCAUAUUAUUAGAAGUGUCGGUUGUUCCAAUGCAUCCAAAGGUGAGGAGUUCAUCAAGAGCAAUAACAUCACCCCAGAAAGAAACUAUGACGUGACCCCAGUUACUCAAUCUUACAAAGAGCUUUAUGAAAAUCUGGAAAUUGACGUGGUUUACAUUGGAACUCCACAUAGCUUUCAUUGUGGACAAGCUAUUUCUUGUUUGGAAAAUGACAAGCACGUCUUGUGUGAGAAGCCCGUCACAGUGAACAAAAAAGAAGCGGAGAAAAUACUUGAGGUUGCAAAAAAGCACAAUAAGUUCUUUAUGGAAGCUGUCUGGACAAGAUUCUUCCCUGCAAUCAAAGAACUCAAGAAAAAGGUGUACCAAGAGAAGGUAAUCGGUGAUGUACACAGAUUGUUCGCGGAUUUCAGCUACAAUUGUGACGUCAAAAGCUGGCCAUUGACGUCAAGGGUAAGGGAUAGAUCUUUAGCGGCGGGAUCCCUUUUGGAUAUCGGUAUUUAUCCCAUUACUUAUUCCAGAAUACUUUUGGAUGAUCAAGUUGGUGACAAGGCUGCAAAGUUUGAACAUAAAAGUUUCCUUACUAUAGAUGAUAACGAUUUGGUGGACCACCUUGGCUCCAUUAUUAUCAAGUACGAAAACGGUAAACACGCACUUCUUACUUCGUCUGAGUUAGUUGACGGGCCAAAGGCGUGCGUUAGACUUGAGGGCUCAAAAGGGUGGGUCGAGAUGUAUAGCGAUAAUCCAGCCAGGGCCAAGCACUUUAAGAUUUUCAACAAGGAAGGUAAAGAAAUAUAUGAAUACAAGGACAACUCGGGGUACAAUGGCUUUAUCUAUGAGGCAAAUGCAGUGGCGGAUGACAUUCACGAUGGUAAGUUGGAAAACGAGAUAAUGCCUCAUUCUGAGAGUCUACUUGUGAUGGGCAUCAUGGAUGACAUUAGGAAAGAGAACGGAUUGUCAUAUGAGCAGGAUUAA